CAAGAGUCCCUGCUUCUGCGCCUGGAGAAUUGCUGCGAGCCAUGACUGAACCUCAGGACUACCAAACAUUUGUCUUCCUUGACAUUGAGUCCACCGGCUUGCCCAGAGACCAACCUGGCAUAGCGGAGCUGUGCCUCUUUGCUGUUCACCAAUCUUCCCUACAGCCCUCUCCGCAGACAAAAGAACCACAGCUCCCUCGCAUCAUAGACAAGCUCACCCUCUGCAUUGAUCCCCGGAAACCCUUUACUCUGGGCGCAGAGAGUAUAACAGGGCUGAGCAACCAAAAGCUGGAACAGAAUUGCAAGCCUGAAAUCAACCGUUCUUUGAUGGAGACCCUGAAAGGAUUUUUAGACCGGCAAGCUCAGCCCAUUUGCUUAGUGGCCCACAAUGGUCUCCGCUUCGACUUUCCCUUGCUGCGUAAAGAACUGUGGCAAAUAGGCACUGACCUGCCUGCAAAUACAGGAUGCCUCGACACAUUGAAGGCUUUGAAGGAUGUGCUUGGAGAACCGCACCUGAGCUAUAAGCUGGGAAAUCUGUACCAGCACUUCUAUAGAGAGGAACCAUCCAGAGCCCACACAGCUGAAGGAGAUGUGCUUACUCUUCUCCUCGUGUUUCUUGCGAAGGCCCUUGAGCUGAAGGCUUGGGCAGCCCAUCAGGCCCAGAUGUGGAAGGAGAUUCAACCUAUGGAUUUUCCCUACUCAAACAGGAUCUGAUCUCUGGGGAAAAAA